GGCAACAGCGGGACUAGCACAAAUCGCCUUUGCGCAAAGUCUCGCAGCUCGUUGACGAGCCAACAGCCUCCCUCCCCCUCUAUCCCUGCCCUCCUCCCGCCCCCACGCAUGUCCGGCCUCGGCCAGAGCCGACAGCGUCACGACAAGCUCGGCCACGAUGGUCUUGCGCAAGACGUUUACAAACCGUCAACCGUCAACCGCCAAUCGCCAACCGCCAACUGCCAACCGCCCACACAACGUCUGGCCUCACAACAGCGCAGCCUCAGUUGCCGGCUUGCCGAAUUGGCCGAGGCCACUGCUGUAUCCCUGGGCUUGACAACCCCGCAAAGACGCGGGGGGGAGCCGAUUUGGUUGAUUGAUGAGCCGUCAGACACCGGACGUCGGUCUGAGGAGCGCCGGCGCCGCUCCCCCCCCCGUCAUUCGGAGCCCAGAUACCGAGGCGAUUGCGCAAUCAAACGGCAACGCGUCGACCCGAUACCGAACAGACAGACAGACAGACAGACAGUCGGCCAAAGCCCAUUGUACAGUUGCAAUCUCAUUCUUUAUUGUCUCUCCACCACCUUCACUUUCGCUAUCUCGUCCGCUUCUCCCCCCUUUACCAACCUCUCUCUCUCUCUCAUUCUCUCUUACCCGGUUUAUCUUUCUCAUUUGCCGCGCACACAGGCACGCACGACUGCACAGACGGCGCGGUUCAUGUAA